AUGUCUAAAGAGAAUCAUAUAAGUAGGAAGAAGAAAAUUACUGUUAUCAGUUUGUCAGCCAUAUUCUUGGUGGCCUUGGUUGUAGCCGUGACUGUUGGCGUUAACCUUCAUCAUAGCUCAUCUAGUGAUGAUGAUAAAAGUAGUAAUAAUUUAUCUGCUACAAUGAAAGCUAUCCAACUCAUCUGCCAGCCCACUGAUUACAAAGAAGAAUGUGUCAAGAGCCUUAGUUCUGAGGCUGGAAAUACCACAGAUUCAAAAGACCUCAUUAAAGCUUCAUUUAAGGCGGCAAUGGAUUACAUCAAUGAGGCUGCCAACAAAUCCAAUCUCUUGAAAGAGCUCGAGAAGGACUCGAGAGCCAAGAAGGCUCUUGAUAGUUGCAAAGAGCUUAUGGACUCCUCCACUGAUGAGUUCAAGAACUCUUUCGAUCAAUUGGGAGAUUUUGAUGGCACCAAGGUAGACGAACUGCUUAAUGAUUUGAGGAUUUGGCUCAGUGCUGCCAUCACAUACCAAGAAACUUGCUUAGACGCAUUUCAAAACACGACCGGUGAUGCUGGAGAGAAAAUGAGGGCGGCAUUGAAGUCUGCCAUGCAAAUGAGCAGCAAUAGUCUUGCCAUUGUCUCUGACUUGUCCAAAGUGCUCUCUAACUUUGAUUUCCCUAGCCUUGGUCGUCGUCUUCUUGAACAUGACGUGCCUGUUCUUGGCCAUGGUGAACUAUAUCCUGAUUGGUUCAAUGAUAGUCCUGGAAGUCGGAGACUCCUUGCUGCAUCUCCAGCCCAGAUUAAGCCUGACGUUAUUGUAGCCAAGGAUGGGAGUGGACGGUUCAAGACCAUCAAUGAGGCAUUGCCUCUGAUCCCUAAGAAUAGCAACAAGACCUUUGUGAUCUACAUCAAGGAAGGAGUUUACCAAGAGUAUGUAGAGUUAAACAAGUCCAUGACUCAUGUCAUGAUGAUUGGUGAUGGACCUCAUAAGACCAGGAUUACAGGAAACAGGAACUUUGUUGAUGGCAUACCCACCUUCAAAACCUGUACAGUUGGUGUCUCCGGAGAUUACUUCAUUGCCAGGAAUAUUGGAAUUGAGAACACUGCUGGUGCUGAGAAACAUCAGGCUGUUGCAUUGAAGGUUCAAUCCGACUUCUCUGCCUUCUACAACUGCUCAUUUGAUGGGUACCAAGACACGCUUUAUGCGCACACCAAGCGCCAAUUCUACCGCGAUUGCACCAUCUCCGGCACAGUUGACUUCGUCUUUGGUGAUUCUGCUGCCGUCUUCCAAAAGUGUACUUUCGUGGUCCGCAAGCCAAUGGACAACCAGCAAUGCAUCGUGACGGCACAGGGCAGGAAGGAGAGGCGCCAGCCAUCAGCAAUAAUCCUCGUAGACUCCAAAAUUGUUGCAGACCCUGCAUUCUACCCCGUUAGAUUCCUACGCAAAGCAUAUCUAGGCCGUCCAUGGAAGGAGUUCUCAAGGACCAUCAUCAUGAAAACCCACCUUGAUGAUCUGAUCCAGCCUGAAGGAUGGUUACCUUGGUUAGGCAAUUUCGGAAUCAACACUUGCUUCUACACUGAGUUUCAGAACGUAGGACCUGGUUCAAAUACAACACAACGAGUAAAAUGGCCUGGAAUUAAGACCAUCACCAGUCAACAUGCAUUAGACUUUACACCAGGGAAGUUCUUUGGUGGUGAUACUUGGAUUAAGACUACCGGAGUGCCUUACCACCCUGGUUUUCUUAACGAAACAGACAAAACCUAG